AUGCGCAAGACCUGCCUCCUGUCAUCCAGCUGUCUGUUCACUGACCGUCUAACUGCUGCCUGUCCAGAGGAGCAAGAAUCCACAGGCAUCCUAUCCAAUGCACCUCUGUGUCUGAUCAUGCAGGACUUAAGGCUUUAUGUCCCUCAGUUACGGACUGGCAUCCAGAUCCUUGCAUCUAACCUUCUCCCAAAUGUCCUCAGAUACCUCGAAACCAACAUAUGCCAAACUGCAAUCAUCAUUUUUCCUCCCCAACCUGCUUCUUCUCCCUUUGGCCUCUGUCAGAGACUGGGAGCCGUGCCGUCUCUUUCUACCAUCUGCCAUCACUUCAGGGUGUGGCCACGACCUAAGGAGCUUGGUCUCUACUUGGCACUCAGUGCCUGCUGUGUGAGCGAGGAGUGCCUUCCGCCCUGGCUUGGUGUGGGUGCAGGACUGGUCGCCAUAAAGGAUGCGCAUGAUAUAGAGACCAGGCUCAAUGAAGUGGAGAAGUUGCUGAAAACCAUCAUAAGCAUGCCGUGCAAAUAUUCUAGGUCAGAAGUUGUGCUCACCUUCUUUGAAAGAUCUCCUUUGGAUCAGGUGUUAAAAAAUGACAAUGUCCAUAAAAUUCAACCCAGCUUUCAAAGCCCAGUGAAAAUAUCAGAAAUCAUGAGAUCCAAUGGAUUUUGCUUAGCAAAUACAGAAACAAUUGUUAUUGACCACAGUAUACCAAACGGAAAAGACCAACACCUGGGUGUGGAUCCCACAGAGCAUUUGUUUGAGAAUGGCAGUGAGUUUACCUCAGAGCUGGAGGAUGGCGAUGACCCAGCGGCUUAUGUCACCAACCUAUCCUAUUACCACCUGGUCCCCUUUGAGACGGACAUUUUGGACUGA